UUCUGGGUUUCAACUUUACAAAAAUAUCUUAAAAAACAUCAAAUUGUUGUACUAGCUAUAUGUCAAACUAUUCUUCAUUUUCCUAGAACUGAUCCACAUAAUGAUGAGGAACAAAAGAUAAAAAAUGAUAAAUUAAUUACCUAG